AUGACAACUUUAAGAGAAUUGGCAGCCCCUAACCUAAAUGUUCAACCGCUUUCUAUCACAUAUGCUGAGCUAGAAAAGCCUUUAAAACUGAAUUCUGGCUUCAUAAAUUUACUUCCAAAAUUCCAUGGUCUUCCUGGAGAGGAUCCCUUUAGGCACAUCUCUGAAUUUCUGAUUACUUGCGGUGCUAUGGUGCCUGAAGGGGUUGCUCAAGACCAAAUUAGGUUGAGGGCUUUCCCGUUUUCUUUAGCUGAUAAGGCAAAGGACUGGUUGUACUACAGCCGGUUCUUAAGAAAAUGGAUGACAAAUUCUCCGGUUUUGACCAAACUCUUAAGCAAAUGCAAGAAAAGCAAUCUGCCACUGAAGUUACAGUGAGUAAUUUGCAAGCCCAACUUAACAAUAGGUUUCCUUCUCAACCAUUUUUGAAUCCUAAAGAGAAUUUGAGUGCAAUUGAGCUUCGAAAUAAGAAAAAACUGCAGGAACCUAG